AUGCUCAUUGAUUUAUUUAAUGCGAAUUUUUCGAAAAUAGUGCUUUCUUUUUCUAUUUGUCCGUUUUAUAUUAAAUAUUUAUCAAUUAUAAUAUUAAUCAUGUCAAAGAAAAGAGUUCCGCAGACAUGUCGAAAAAAAAUGAUUGUUGUUGAUGGAAUUGAAAUCAUGAUUCCCAAUGAUAAAUUAGACGAAGUGGUCAGCAUCUUCAAGAGCGGCGUACAUAUAGACGACUUAGAAGGUUGGCAGACCGAGGCUGCUCACGAGGAAGAAAACUUCGAAAAAUUCAUCACGGAGGCGAGGGAGUUUUCAAACAUGAGCCCACCAGACAUUGAUCAAUUUGAAAUAAAAGCGCGGGGAGCUGCUUCGAUCUGCGUGGUGGAGUUCUUUUUGAAGCACUUUGGAAUUCUUAUCAAAUCGAACAAAGCAAAGAGCAGUUUGAUGGAGGUCAUUUGUUUCGGACUGAGCAGCAAGCAGGCGGUUCAGGUUAUAGAUAUCUGGAUGAAAGCAGAAAAGUCGGAUCCGAAUUACUAUGAGAAUUACUAUGACUCAUGUAUGACGAAGGAAGGCAGAGAAGCGACACUGGAUUCAAUCAACGAGAUGGCCGCCAUCUUUGACAAAGCAGAUUUAGUUCUCAUUGAAGCCGAGCUGAAGAUCAUGACAUCGGUGACACUCCGCGAUGUCAAGAAAGACACGCGAAAGAUCGGAAACUAUUCAUAUGACUACUCGCGUAUUGCCUUUUCUUCUUCUCUGUAAUAAAUUAUUCUCUGU